AUGUGGCCCCUCGGGAUUGUUGACCGCUUUUGUAGAGAACUCGGCGACAAAAUUGUUGAAAUUGCCUCUCUUGGCCUCGCCUUGCCAAGAGGCGAGGCUGCCUUUAACAGCGACAAGGGACGUCUCGCCGUGGCCGACGAGGGUUGGGAUUAUUUGAAGACGGCGAUUCCUUCGCAGCUCAUCUCGGAGAGAGGCUCCAAUCUCGUCGUCAUCAACCCUGGUUCUGCGAACAUCAGAGUGGGCCUCGCUCAGCAGGACGCGCCUUUCGCCGCCCCUCAUUGCAUCGCCCGGUGCACCAGCCCGGUGCCCAAGCGAAACGUGCAAGAUCAGAUGCUCAAUUCUCAAGUUACGACGGCACAACACAUGGAGCGAGAGAAGGCUUAUGAUAUCAUAGCAUCAUUGUUGAAAAUUCCGUUCUUGGAUGAGGAGGUCACGAACAGCAGCUCUUUCCAGCGCAAGAUGGGACGUGUUGACGCUUAUAAUCCACAGAAUGGUAGGAAAGAUUCAGUGUUUUCUUGGACGGAUGUGUAUGAGAGGCAAAGUUCGACUCUGGUAACAGAUAGCUCAGAGGAUAAAGACUUGCCUAGUACUUCGUUGGGCCAACAUGAGGGAGGGGAUAUGGACUUAGGUCAACGUAAAUACAGACCGUUCAUUUGUGGUGAGGAAGCUCUGAAAAUAUCACCCACAGAGCCUUACUGCUUCCGCCGUCCUAUCCGAAGUGGUCAUUUUAACAUUUCGCAAGACUAUCCUGUGCAGCAGGGGUAUGAGGAUUUGCAUACUCUCCGGGACUGGAUGUUGGUGGAGAAAUUGCAUAUACCUCAAUCUGAAAGGAAUAUGUAUUCUGCCAUUCUUGUAGUGCCAGAGACAUUUGACAAUCGCGUGGAUGCAUGA